UCCCCUUCGUUAACUUCACCAUUUUCUUCUGUAUUCGAACUCGACACUCCUACUCUUCGAGUACUCUUUACCUACCUGCCACAGCCUUCCUGUUUAUUUUCUUUCCUUCCUUUCUUCUUUCUUUCUUUCUAUUUUUUUUUCCUCUCCGUUUAUCUAUGAUUCCGUAAAUAUCUCUCCCACUAUCUUUCUCACUUAGAGUCACACACACACUCUUCCCUCCUCCUCCCCACCUCCUUCACUAAACAAACUCCCUCCCGCUCGUCUAGCUCUUUUCUCUCUCUCUCCCCUUCUCCUUCGUGUCAAAGGUCAAGGCGGUCCGUGGAAAAUUACUUGUAAACCCCGCAGGUCAUUGGCACGUUACAUGACGAAUAUAUUUCAUAUAUGGUGUACUUACCAGAGGAAUAAACAACAUAGCAAUUCAUUUUAUUUAUUGUAAGAAUUCAUUAGCAGAAAAACCAACUCCUCCCAACAAACAUGAUUAAGCCAUUUUUGUAUCCGUCUGAUACCAUGCCUGGUGAAUGUGAAAUUCCACAAGAACGGAAUGAAUAAAAGUUCACUCUGACAUGGAGGAUGGCCGUUGUUUACUGGAUGUGAUUGGAGACCCAAAGCUUUUGAAUGAGUUUUUAAAAGAUGGAACUGAUGUGGAUUCCUCUCUCUCAGCUGAUAACCAAAUUAGUGAAAAUGACUUCAAAUGGACUGAGGAAGAAUUUCUGUCAUCCACUUUAGGGACAUCAGAAAACGAUUGCAGUGAUUCUUCGUCACUCAUCAAAUUUCAGGCAUUGAUAUCAACCCCUCAGGCCCAGACACAAUCGUCAGCCGUGGUAACAGCAUCAUCAGCCGCAGCAGUAUCACAGUCUACACAGCCACCUCCUGCAGUGUCACUGCCCCCACCACCGCCACCACCACCGCCAGCCCUACCAUCUUCAUCCUUGUCGGUUCCGGCAACAGUUGCUGCUUUAGCAGCUGCUCCUGAAAUAAGCCAGUCAUCUGUUGUAACCACAACACCAUCCAUUAGUUCAGUUGCUGGCACACAGCAGGUCACUGCUCUUUUGUCGCCCCACUCAGCCAACUUUGGACAAGUGCAGCUUGUUCAACCAGGAUGCAGCUCAGGACUUUCUCAAGAUCAGAAAUCCACUUAUCAAAACUUUGCAUCUCUCGGAAACGUUGGUCAAGGAAUUCCAAUCCAGGUUAUCCAAGGUCAACAACUGAUAUUAAAAACAGCUGCUGGAAAUACAAUAGGUUUUGCUCAACAGCAGCAACAGCAGCAGCUACAACAGCAACAGCAACAACAAUUACAACAGCAGCAGCUCCAGCAGCUGCAGCUUCAGCAUUUUCAACAACAGCUGCAACAGCAGCAACAGCAGCAGCAACAACAGCACCAGCAGCAGCAUCAUCAUCAGCAGCAGCAACAGUCCAAAGUAAACCAAAUUCAACAUCUUCAAGUGUCAUCAGCCUCAUCGCCUGGUGUUAGUCGUUCUCUUACACCGAGUCAGAGUCCAGCUCCCAACAACUCGCCGUUAGUUAGUCGGUCACUCACACCAAGUCAGGGCCAAAAUACUGGCUUGGUUACAAUCAGUCCAUCUUUCAGUGGACAGCAUCCAAACAGCGUUAGCCCUUCCCCAAAUGUCAGUGUUGUUCAGAUCCCCACAUCAGUGCAAUCACAACCGUCAACACAGCAACAACUACAGGCAGCUGCUGCUGCUGCUGCUGGUGGUGUUCCUAUUCAGAAUCUAGUCCCUACCCAAAACACACAACACCUUCAGAACUUACUCCCAGGUCAGGCAGUUCUUCCGACACAAGGACAGAAUAUAGUACACACUCAAAACACAGUCAUUCAGAACCCUAAUGUUGUAAAUGUGAAUGUUGCUCAUGUUCUGUGCAAUAACUCAGCCCAACAAGCAAACCAGCAGGGCGGCAUGGUGAGUGUCUACCCCAAUGUACAGGCUGCGUCCUCGUCCAACCCUGUCACGCUGCAUGGUACCAUCAUCAAUAUUCCACAGGGCAAAAGCAUUAUUAUCCCUGGAUUUUCAAACCUCCAGCAAGUUCAGAAUCUUCAGCUGCCUUCCUCACAUGUUGGGCAGCAGGUUUCUGGAACAGGUACCCUGCUGCAUGCCGCUGGUGCCACCCAGCAGCCCGUGGCAGGGGCUGCUGGCAUGGCGAUGGGCAGUGCAGCAGGGAUGGCCGUUGGAGGAGCUGGCACCAUGCAGUUGUCUGGUCAGCAGUCCCAGGAAAAAGCUGCUACCCUUGCAGCAGCAGCAGCAGGCCAAUCUAACUACAGUUUUGUUAAUAUCAACCCACCACCAAUCAUACUACGAACACUUCCAUCAAACUUGAUACAAAUCCAGUCCACCACUAACAGUGGUCAGUCGUCCACAGUCAACACUCAAGUUCAGUCCUAUCCCCAGAUCUCGCAGGCUCAGUUAAUCAACACUUCUGCAGCCCAGGGAAGCAUUCCAAUGCAGCAAGUGGUGAACCCUCUUCAGGGACAACAACUGAAGGUGAUAGGCCACCCAGGGUUACAGGUUGCUGGUUCUCAACCAGGUACAGUGACUGUGAAUAUAGGAGGCCAGAACUUUAAUUUACAGAGCCUUCCCUCCAACCAAUUGGGAGCUCUUCAAUUCCAAAGUGGGAGGCAAGUUCUAAUUCAGGCCCCACCGUCACAUACUCUGCCCCUCCAAACGACAUCAGUUAAAACAACUGUACCUUCUGGGCAGGAAAUAUCGUCUAUAUCACCACAAAACUCUGCACUGACAACUAUGCAAGUUAUUCAAAAUGCCAAUACGACAGCAACCAUAGGUAAUCAACGUAGUAACAGCCGAACAAAAACACCGCCCACUAAGUCAAGUAAAAGUUCAUCUUCAAAGCACAAUUCUCAUUCUGCUCAUAGCUCUCGCAAUCGUGCAUCACCAUUGCAACAGCAGCAACAAGUUCAAGCUAUUCACAAUUUCCAGUUACCGUUACCUCAAGUCACUCAUCCUCAUAGUCUGAAUAGCAGUCCAGGUCUUAGCACUGCCCAUUCUACGACAGUCACAACUACUGUCUCACAGUCCCUUGUUCAGAUGCCUUCUCAGGUUAGUGUAGCCAGCAGUCUGGUUGGAGUCCAAGUAUCAUCGAGCACUGUCCAAAACAAGCCUAUUUCCAGUAGUGGACUUGUUCAAACUUCUGGUUCUUCAGCAGUUGCAAAUCAAACCCAAGCUGCUGCUACUGUCCUCAACACUCGUCUACCAGCUAUUCAGAUUACUCCACAAGAUCCUAUCAUUAUGGCCCGAGUUGAAAAUGAUGUUAGCUCAUUAGUCUCAUUAAAGAAUCCGAACCGAACUCAGAAAGCUAAUCUUGAAAAGUUAGCUUUGCUCCAGAAGAAACUUUCUCAAGGGCAGCUUCAAUUUGCUACUAGUGGUCAAGUUGGACAACCCCAAAUAGCACAUCCUCCCACUGCUCAGGCAGCAGCUAUUGCUCAACAAACCUUAUUACAGCAGGCAUCAGCCUCAACACCUUCAGCGGCCACCAGUAUUAACCAGAUUAAUCAACUACUACAACAGCAAGCCUGUGUGAACCAGCAACAUCAGCAACAACAGCAGCAGCAGCAUCAUCAACAACAACAACAUCAACAACACAGCAGCCAGCAGCAGCAACAACAUAAAACACAGCAGGCUCAACAAGCCACUGUUGUUGGACAGAUUCCUUUGGCCACUGUUGGCAAAUCCGUUACAAAUGUCAUUUCUAAUUCCAUUCCGAAUCAGUCAACUCCAGGAUCAGUUCAGUCAUCUCAAACAGUAUCCAUGUUGACUUCACACCCAACAAAUAUUGUUCAGUCCGGCCAAGCAGGUGCUGGCAUUCAAGUAUUGACAACUUCGAGUGGAGGCAAGCAGCAUAUGGUGGGUAUGAUCCCUGGUACAACAUUGAUUCCAGUGGUGACCAGCACCGCAGUUUCAUCUGGGACGUUUGUGCCAGCUUCCAACAUGCCCACCAUCACUGCUGGAAAAUUACCAAUACCUGCCACACCAACUGCUGUUUCUACUCCAGUUAAGAUGGGUGAUAAAGAAGUACUCAUCAAUUUGACGGGUCACAACAAAGAAGCUGUCUUGGCACACCUGGCUCAACUGACACCAGAGCAACAGCAAGUGUACCUUAAACACAAAGCUAAGUUUAUUGUCAAGUUGGAUCAAGCUAAUUCACAGCUCCUGCAAGCACAGCAGCAACAGCAGCAGCAGCAGCAGCAACAACAACAACAACAGCAGCAGCAGCAUCAACACCAACAUCAUCAGCAGCAUCAACAACAACAGCAGCAGCAACACCAUCAUCACCAUCAGCAACAGUUACAACCACGACAGAUCCGACAGCAGCAAACGACUGCAACUGUUGCAGCUGCCACAAAUAUGUCUGGUGGUACUGUUAUAAUAAGUAAAGGCCAACAAAUAUCUCGGCAUACUUGUAAAGGACAAAUGGUUAUGGACACCAAAAUACCAGUCCCAGUUCAGGAGUUUGAUAAAAAUUUGGUGCAGAUCAAAGUAGAACCAGGUCAGUCAUCGACUGUGAUAAAGUCAUCUGGAAAGGCACAAAAACGACCAGCUGAACUGUCCAAAGGAGUUGUAAUUCACCAACGAUUGAACCAUGAUCAAGCUUGCGCAUUGAAAGCAGACAUGAAGACCCCUUUUAAAGACAAAUCAGAUGCUUGCCAACGUCUUAUUUGUUUCCAUGUAUUCCAGGAUUGGGGACCAAAUCAAGAAAAAUUGGACAAAGCUGAUCAACUAUUUGAACAAGCUGCUGAAGAAAUCUUAAAGAAAAAACAGUCAAUGUUUGACAAAUAUAGAAUUUUACUACUUGAAGAAAGUAUGCGAGAUAAGCCAUCAGCUGAAAUGGUGAUGAUCCAGCGAAUGCUUAAUCAAGAUAUGACUGCUGUUCUUGAAGAAGAGAGAAAACUGGCUGCAUCCCAUCCAGAUGCUUUUGAACCAAUGCCAGUAAAGCUGCUUAAACUAGACAAAGAAUCUGAAAAUUCUGAUUUCAAACAGGAAUGUGUUAAAGCAGAACCUGUUGAUGAAUACAUCCAAUGUAAAUCUAACUCCCAAAGUAAAAUGGGUCAUGUUAAUGUGCAUAAAAAGGAAGUUAUCGAUAGCAAGGAUGAACGUUCUGAAACGGGGAAGAAGUGGAAAUGUUCUGAACCUGAACGAAGCCACUCUCCUCCACACAGUGUGAAGCUAGUCAUCCGAAAUGAUGGUGUCAGUUUUAGUAGCAGCCUCUCACUUAAGGUGAAAAAAGAAAAGUCACGGAAAUCACAAAAGACUGUGAAAUCAGAACCACUCAGUAGUGUUUCAAUAAAGAAAGAGCCUCCAGACAUCAAACCACAGUUGCCUGAAGUUAAACCGGCUCCUUUCAGUCAAGAGAACUAUGAUGAGUGGAAAACGUCGUCGUCAUCGAACAAUUUGUCAGCAGUCAAGCAAGAAUCUUCGCCCUAUCAUAGUUGUGCUGCUGCUGCUGUGGCCCGAACAACUGCAGUAGCAACCACAACUCCCACAACGACAACUCCUGUAACUAUGUUACCCCUUUCAACUGUAGAAUCACUCACCUCAUCUGCAACUUUGUCCACAUCAAGGGUAGUGUCGAAUCCAAUGGGGUUGGAGGUUAGCUGUUCGUCUGUUACACCAGCACCUUUAACCAGUUCCCAUUCUUCCUCUGUGGCUGCAAUGCCUCCCCCAGCAGCCACAGCUUCUUCCUCAACAACUGUAUUUUCUAAAAACUGUGAAACUUCUAACAAUGAUAUUUUCAUGGACGAAGAAGAUUUCUUAGAAGGUCAGUUGGCAAGUCAAGAUAGAAAACUUAUACCCCAACGAACGCGAAUUAUGUCUGAUUCAGAACUUCUUGAAGAGCCUACUCCUGAUGAUAUGCUCUCUUCUUUCCAUGGGCUUGAUUUCACUGUUGAUUUUAUCCUCCCUGAAAAUCACUCCUCUGGAAGCAUUAAACAGGAGCUAAAUCCGUCAGAAUCAGCAGUGUCUCAAUUUUCUUUAAAUAAUUCCAAUUCACAUUCUUUCUCUUUAGGGAACAGUCGCUUCAGUCCUAAGAACUUUGAACCUGAUACAUCAGCUACAUAUUCACUUGAAGACUUUGUGACUGAUGACUUACUCAGCAAUUGCCAUUUCUCCUUGCAGCCUUCUGCAGAUUUAGGCACUGAAGAACUCUCUCUUCCUGCUGCUACUAGUUCUGAGCUGCAAAAUGCAGUCGACAGUAUUGUAAACUUUGAAGGAACUGAUAGCAUAGCUGUUUCUGAGUGUAGUCUGGACUCACUGGCACAUAGAAAUAAUUUGGUAUUGAACACCGAAGAUGCCGUCCAGUCAAUCUUAGCUGGAACAGCUUCAUUACACAGUUCUGAAUCAUCAGCUCCUACUGUUGCUAUGGCCAGCACAACUACUGCUAAUAAUAGUAGUAGUAACAGCAGCAACAGUAACAGCAGCAACAACAAUAACAACAACAACAACAUCAUCAUUGAUAACAGUCCCUCAAAUAACAACAAUAAUAAUAAUAAUAAUAGUAAUAAUAAUAAUAACAACAACAACAGCAAUAACACCUCCACAAACCUCACAACCACCACUUCUACAACCAGCAUCACCACUUCCACAAGCAACACCACCACGACCAACAACAACACAACCCCCAACAACAACAACAAUGAUAAUGCUGAUAAUACCAACAAUAACAAUACGCAAGCAACUGUCAUCUCUGCAACGCCCGUUGAUUGUAUCACGGACGUUUCAGAUGCCUACACCGAUCCAAAACUGAAGCAGCAGACUGAGAAUGCGGUGAACAGCAUUCUCAGCCUGUCUCAAGAACCACCGAUGCCCUCUGGUGGCAGUGUUGGUGACUUCUCAAUAGACGGUCCACUGGAUGACUACGGUAGUGGUAGCUCUCACCUCUCCUGCAAUGUAGGAGGCGGUGGAGUGAGUAUAGCUAGCUCUCUCGAUGGCUCUGGUGCAUCAGGCCUUGCUACUGCACCAGCCGGGUCAGACAUUGGUACAAUGGUUGCCGCAACCGCUGGGGUGCCACAAGACUUCUACUCUUCCGUUCCGGAUCGGUCCUUAGAUGAUAGUUGUUUGGUGAGUGCCGCUGAUGCUGGCAUGCAAAUUGAGGAUGAUUUAGAUGCUGCUGUGCAAAGUAUUCUGAUGUAAUAAUAAUCAAUAAGGAUAGUGAAGAAACAAAACAAAACAAAACAACAACAAAAAUAAUAAUACCGGAUUAAGAAAUGGGAGAAAUUUGACAAAAUAAAUAAUAAGUAGCUGGGAGGAAAAUGACUGAUGUUUUUUUUCUCUUACUGAACAUCAGGUAUUGAAAAAUGUUAAUGAUAUUCGUAUGGAAGUAUAUGAAAUUGAAGUGUAAACAUAUAUUUUUUAUUUGAAGACUGAGCAAUUUGCUGGACAGAACUAGACAUUUUGUUGAGAACUCAACUACAACUGAAUUACACACAAACAUAAAAAUACUUGUUAAAAAAUUGUUUUCCCUUCUCAAUUCCUUUCUCUCUCUCUCUCUCUCUCUCUCUCUCUCUCUCAACAUAUUUUGCCUCCUCCUCUCUCUCUAUCUUUGUUUAUAUCCUCUUAUUUCUCACUCCAUCUCUCUCUCUCUCUCUCUCUCUCCUGAUUCUCUCAUUUAUUCACCUUGAUGUUAUAAUGACUGUAAUGUGAUCAUUGUAAACUCUAUAACAUAUCAUUUCCAAUAAAUGACCAUUAUUCAAAGACAAAAAAGACAAGGAAUUCAUUAUAGAUUUUCUUCCUUCUCCCAUUUCCCCUGCCUUUCCAAUAUUUCAAAUAUCCUUUACCCUCCGCCCACCCAUGUCUCAGCCCAUAUCCCCCAUAUAUUUGUAAAUACAUUACAUGUCUUAACAUACACUCUUGUCAAUGUGUAUGUGUAUACAUACAUAUAUAUAUAUAUAUAUAUAUAAAACAUAUAAUAUGUAUAUAGCAUUAUUAUUAUUAUUAUUAUAUUAUUAUUAUUAUUAUUAUCAUCAUCUCAAAAAAAGAUUUUUUUGGGGCUCCUUAAAAUAAAAAAGAAAAGCCCAAGAGCUCAUCCUUUCCUCAUGCGGUACAGCAUUAAAAAGAAAGUAAAAAUGAAAUAAAAAUA